AUGGAGGGUCCCGUUAUCACCACAACUGAAGGAAAACUUCAAGGCACAGUGUUAAGAAGUGUACUCGGGAUCGAUUAUUUGGCUUUCAAAGGAAUACCUUUUGCACAACCACCUUUGGGCCCACUGAGGUUUAAGGCACCCCAAGAGCCCUUCAAGUGGACAGGGAUCCGCGAUGCGUCGAGACACGCAGGUGACAUGGCUAUGCAAAAUGACACAGUUGAGGGUCCAAAGUCAAGAGGGAUAUACGGCGGUGAAGACUGUCUUUACUUAAAUGUGUACACAAACGCUAUGGGUCACAAGAGGCCAGUCAUGGUUUUUAUCCAUGGCGGAGGGUUCGUCGAAGGCUCGGGAAACGAAUUAUUUUACAGACAGGACUAUCUCGUCACGAAGGACAUAGUUAUGGUGUGCAUCAAUUUCAGACUGGGACCUCUUGGUUUCCUUAAUCUUGGGCACGAGGUAGCGCCGGGAAACCAAGGAUUGAGAGAUAUUAUAUUUGCGCUAAAAUGGGUUCAACGAAAUAUCGCAGCGUUUGGAGGGGAUCCCAACAAUGUUACUCUUUUCGGCAACAGUUCAGGAUCCACGACUUGUCAGGUGUUAUCAUUACUGCCGGCUUCAAGAGGAUUACUAAACAAAGUUAUAUUACAAAGCGGUACACUCUUCAUAUCGAAAAACCUAACGACUAACUACAAGAAUGGCUUCAGGAUAGCUUCGCUUCUCGGAUUCAAAUCCGACGAUCCCGUGGAAGUCAUAAAAUUUUUGCGCACAGUUCCAGCCCGGGAUCUAGUCGCAUUGGAAGGGAAACUCCUGUCGAAAUACGAAAGAAUUGUCCUGGGUAAGCACGAGUAUGAGCCGGUGAUCGAUGCUGAUUAUACGAGUGACCCGGUCAUACCUCAUCCGAUCAGUGAACUAUGGAAAAAUGACUCGCACGUACCAAUGAUCAUCGGACACACUUCCAAUGAAUUUCUGCUAAAUCUUUCAGGUCGAUUCAACGAUGAAACUUACAAGUUUUACAAUGACCACAUCGAAGAGAUACUUCGAAAUUUAUCCCCACUGAAAGAUGAGAGCGGCUUUUCCGAAGUAGUGAGACGCGCUAGGGAAUUUUACUUGAAAGAUCGGCCCAUCGACAAGGACACGGUCUGGAACUUGGUCAAUUUGAUGACCGACUUCAAGGCGAUAACUGGCAAUCGAAAGGUCAUCGACGCGAGGAACGAGCACGCGACUGCUCCCACUUACGUUUAUAAAUUGACGUACAUGGGGGACCAGCCAACGAUUUACAACUACGAUCACGGCAGGCAACCGUAUCAAGGCGUCGCACACGCUGAUGAGCUGUCGUACUUGUUUUACCAUUACUACAUGAGGGAAGAUGGCAACGAGGACCAGUUUCCCAAGGAAGGUACCAAGGACAGAUACGUGAUGGAGAGGUUUUUGAGAAUGUGGUACAACUUUGCUCUGACCGGGAACCCUACUCCGGAGCUCGACGACCAGUACAUCACGACUACUUGGAAGCCCUCGAGUAAGGAUAACCUGUACUAUCUCGAAAUAGGCGACGAGCUGACGCUGCGGGACGACAGAGAUUCGGAAAGUCGAGCGAUCUACGAAAAUUGCGAUUUGGGCAUCAACUACGUGAAUGUUGAUGUUAGAUUGGGUAUUUUUGUUGGAAAGUGUGAAUGA